GCACUGGGCGAGCACCUUAAGUGAUUUUUCGAGUCUCUGGACGGUGCGUAGCAGAAUGGAAACAUAACAUAACUGAAAAACACGUAUGAAGACAAAAACAACACACUAAAAAUCAAAUAAAUAUUGCUUUUUUGUUUAAAUUCUUUUUCCAAAUCAUACGAAAGAGGUGUUUGAAGUACAACCAGAUUAAAAUCUGAAAAGAAAAAGUGCUUUCGUGUCACACAAAAAUACGACUACAGUUCAACGCAACAACAAAUUCCUAUACACCAAUACCAGCUCCGCCAUCCAAUCAGAGCGGCCAGAAGCAGAAGUUGUUUGUACUUGUAGGAAAAUUCUAAAAAUACCCAUAAAACAGUAAACAGUAGAGAAGUAAAGGUAGAAAUAAAAAGCAGGUGCAUUCGGAAUCAAAUAGUAUUUUGUAAGUGGAAAAUGGCAGAUGAGCAACCAAAUCUUGUAGCUGGACAUCCACCAGCAGUCAAAGCGGGUGGCAUGCGCAUUGUGCAACACAAAGCUCCUAACGCAGAGCGUCCGGCCAAGGAUGCCGAAGAUUGCACUGGAUUGACGCAACCAGUUGCUGUCAACAGCAUGUCUGUGAGUGGUGCACCAGUUAAGGGUAAUAUCGAUUAUACGCCACAGGCGGCACAGGUGGCACAUUCACCCAAACCACCUUCGUUUGUUGCCCAGAAACCUCAAAUAAAUAUUCAACAACCGCGUAAAUGAGUGAUCGCUACGCGUUCCUGUCGUUCAAAGCCUCAGCAACAUCAAUCACAACAACAACAAAUACAACCACGACAACAAAUUCAACCACAACAGGAACAGCAAACACAUUCCAAUUCUAAAGUGCAGAAUCAGAAGAAAGUUCAUUCACAGCGUCAACAAAAAAAGCGAGAUGCGUAAAAUACAAGAAUACAAUUUUUUUAUGGAUUAUCACAUUAUGAUGAAUAGAUAUU